AUGGCUUUUGCUGAGAGCGAAAAACAAACGGAAUGGGAGGACACUUUUGUAGAAUUCUAUGACCGAAGAAAUGAAGGAAUCGCGGUGAGGAGAAUUAUUUAUGGUUCCGUCAGAUCACGAAAUAAAAAGAGGGGUGUAUUUAAGGCAGCUAAGAAUAUCAAGGUUGCCUUAAAAAAAUAACGUUAAGUUUUGUUUACUCGUAGUACUGGAUAGCAGAGAUAGCGGAAAUUAAACGGAGAAAAGAGUCGGAGGAUCGGCAGGAAAAGAGGAAGAAAAGGGAGCUGUAUGCUUGGAAGAUCAUAGAUGACCAGGUGAGAGAACUUGAGAUGUUUUAAUCAAUUAACUUCUACAAUUUAGAUGGAAGUGCCUCACCACAAUUCUAUGCGGGAUUCAUCCAAAAUGAAUUUUUCGCCCUGCGAAAAAAGUCGGUUAGAAAGGAUACCUUGGCAUUGUGCCGUAGUCAUUGACCUUGCGGAAGACAUAACGGAUAUUAAAGGCCACCAUUUUAAAAAAGUUAUAGAUAAGGCAGCUGUAAAAUGCUUAUAAUAAAUAUUCAACUUUUGAUUAUUUGUUUCAGUGCAAUAACCAAUGCCGGUAGCCUAACUGCUUUAGUUAUCGACAUCAGGCAUCAUUACACAAACUUGCUUGGCUUGGGUAGAAAACUAUCGCGAUAGUCAAGUACCUAUAGUUUACUAUAUCACGACCCUCUUUAAACAAAAUAGCACCAAACCACCAGAGUAUAUCUGAUAAAAAAUACACUUAGUUAGGAACUCCUCGUACUGAUAUUCAGUUACUAAAACACUUUUUAAGCCUCGCAUUUGCUCAAGCUAAAACUUGGAAAUUUCAAUUUUAAGAGCCUUUAUUUUCCUUCAAAACCGUUUCAUAAACGUUCCUCUGUAGCCUCGGUGUCAAGUGCAGUUAUUUGAAGCUUUAGAAAAUUAAAGGAAUCGUUAAAAAGUCAACAAAUAAGUCAAACAAAGUAACACUUUGGCAAUGCCACUUAAAAACAAGGAAAAUAAGUCACCUAUCAAUUCUAAACGUUUGCCCGUUCUUUAUGCACAAUAGUGAUUUUUUCUUUAAUCAUUAUCGCUAUAGUAGGCAUCGUUACUUUUUUCCAUAAAAGGCAAGACUUUGAAUUUGUCAAAUAAGGAAACCUAAACAAGCUCCGCUUCCCGGUGGGAGAUUAAAACUCGUAAUCACGGGUCCUUAAAAAAGAUUGUCUUAUGGCUCCCAGGGGGAAUACGCUCAGAAAUCCAUAUCACAACAUUUGAUCGAAUUUGAGUUGUGUUCAAAUUUUGUAAUCGCUCCAAUAAACCCUAAAACCCUUUUAAUGUUUUGUUUACAGUAAUUUCAAUUUACGCUAUCAAAUUAUAAAGUCUGUAGCUUACACUACAAUCCUAGCCUGCUAGCAAACUCGCAAGAGAACGCGCGAGCGAACGAAGAAGAGGGUUUCUGCUUCCCAGCGUCCUUAAGCGAAGUACAAGGCAUCAUGGAAAGGAAAGAACAAGCCAACUCAUCCGUCACUGAAGUUAUGAAUUUAUGAAAAUCAUAUAUGAGAACUGCGGGGUGAAGAAUUAUAUGAAAGAAGAUCAUCGCAGUUAUAGACGCAACUUUGCAGUUGCGAAAACGCUUUCAGGCUUUCUUUUGGCAACUGCAAAGUUGCGUCUAUAACUGCGAUGAUCUUCUGUUAUAUAAUCCAUCCGUCACUGUCCCACCGUCGUUUUCGCAUAAAUAGAAAGAAUUUAGUAAAAGAGGCAGAAGUUCCCCAUUAUAAAGUCAUAUGGUCUAAAAAAAUUUAAAUAAGCUUCUUUACCUAGCACCUAGAAGGCGGUAGGGUAAAAUAAUACUGAAAUUUAUAAAGCACAGGCGAAAAUAUACUUUCGCCAUGAUAUUGGAGGGCAGUAACACGACCAUAUGUCUGCAGUAGCAGGUCAUUCGUAAUGAUAUAAAAUUUUGCUAUUCUCGUUGACCUUUUCUUUGCAUUUUCGCUUUAGAUCGUGCCUUGGGAUCUAGCAACUAAAGGAUUUUUCUUUAGUGACGAAGUGUACAUUGUACUGAAUCGUACUGACAUUCAGUCAACAAAAGUACCAGAGAGGGUAAGGAUGCUCUGUAAUUUAAAACAAAAAAUGGCGAAUAAGGUUUUGCUUGAUUUUGAUGCUGUCAGUGACAUUAACUCUUUCUGGCGUGGAAUACCAUAAAAUGCCACAAUAGGGCCAUUUAUACGAGGAAAAAUAAGACGCGUAUUACAUAUUUAAAAAAAGACGCAUCUUAAAUAAGACGCGAAGUGGACCAUUUAUACGAGCAUGUCUUCUUUAAGUCUUCUGUAUACUUAAACUUACUUUUAAAGUGUAAGUUUAUAAUACGAAGAUAGCAAUUUGAUUAAUAAAUAUAAAUUGUGAUAGUUUAAAGUUAAAAGGGUCUACUUACACCAGCAGAUGUCACGCAUUUGUCCAGGAGGUCUGUUAUCGCUUUCUCCUUACUUACUAACACAAAAUCUUUUCCUCCGCGAUGGACCAAGUGUUUCUUUUUACCUUUAACGGCGUGCUCAUUGUAUUUGAGCGAAGGAAACAAUAAAGCAGAAUGGACAAGGAAACGAAAACGCGUUGUAAUUUGUAAACAUUUUUUCCCCGCCAGUUGGCUGCCAGUCCACCGCGGGACAAGAGAUAAUUUUCCAGCCAAAAAUUAACGCAUGCGUACUAUGCGUUCGUGUCUUAUGUAAGACGCGAAGGUCAUUUAUACGAAGUUUUUCUCGUCUUAGCUAAGACGCGUCUUAUCUAAGAACAGGUGUUAAGGGCUGUUCUAAAAUAAGACACGUCUUAGCUAAGUCGGUUCUUAUUUUAGACGAAAUGUGCCUUUUAUACGGAAAGUUCGCGUCUUAUUUAAGACGCGUUAUAUGUAAGACGCGUCUUAUUUUUCCUCGUAUAAAUGGCCCUAUGAGUUUUAGAAUUCCAUGACCUCAUUACAGUCGAACUUCUCCACAACGGCCACCUUGGAGACAGAAGAAAGUGGCCAUUGUAAGGAGGUACGGGUGAAAUACAUAAUAUGUAUGGCGGGAGGCACAAACUUGGACCCCACUAUACAAACGUCUAUAAAUUUUCGCAACUUUGCAGAGCUAUUUCUUCGUUCGCUUGCUAAGACGUAUCACUUUCAAAUUUGGCAAUGUUACUAAUAUUAAGGCGCUCUUUACAGUGGUGUCAACGGAUUUUCCCUAACUGGUUCAUUUCAAAAGUUGCAAAAAAACAAUAAAAUUACACCGACCAAUACGGACCGCUGUGACCAACACGUCAAAAGAUCUAAAAUUAAACACCGCGUGCGUGUUCGUGUCCGCACUGUUUAUAAAUAUAAUUUUAUAUCCGGUUUUGUUAAAUCUUAAGCCCAUAAGAGUAUUUAAUGUGAAUUUGAACGUCCUUAUAGUGGAGCACCAUGGGUAAGAAAAUGUGGUAAUAGACCUAUUCGGCUAACUCAAUGUUGUACCCAAUUCAAACCCUUUGGGAAUAAAACGUUUUGUUUCAGGAAUUUCCAUAUCAUUUAAAUGUGAAUGCCAUAUUGUAAUGCAAAUGCAAUACACAAAGAAUCUUAUCCCCGGGGGAUUUGAAUUGGGUACAACAUUGAGUUAGCCGAAUAGGUCUAUCUAGCUAUCUGAGAAAAUUUCGUAAUCACGUGACCUUACACCGACCGCCUGAGAGACUGUCCGUCCGCACCACAGGCAUAUCAAUGUAAAAUAACUCAACCAACAGGUAUGGCAACCCAAAUGCAACUGGAGGUUAUUUUGGCGGCAAAUCGCAUAGCCAACCGCGUCUUGUAAAACAGAGGCAGCUAAAGAGUCAAUAAAUACGAAAACGGAAAGCGGAAAUUGUUUCUGUAUCAGUGUUGUCUAAAGUAUUAAGCUUAGAUUAAUUGUCAUGUCCACAGAUUUGGAAUAUAGAGCAAGAGAAAGACAGAGAAAAACAGAGAGUAGGCGGCAGGCCAGCGAAACUCAAUCAGAAAAAGGGUAACAGAGAUCUAACGAGAGAUAAAAAAAACAUCUAUCUAGCGAGAGAUAAAAACAAAGGAGACAUAAUUCCACCACUAGCCACCUCCACUUCGGUGAAUAAUUGUUAUAUAUUACAAUCUUUCGGAAGUGGGGUUUUAGUCACGUGUCAGCGUGCCUGCCCCUCCCUAGUAAGUUCAGUUUUUAGUGCACAAGGGCAUUAUUGAUGGAUAAAAAAGUAUGGUUGUAUUCAUUAUCACCUACCUAAAAUCUAAUGGCAAAGUUCUGUUCUUUUAAAGAGGCUUCAAACACCGGAUGAUAUUUACUGCUGGGUUGGGAAGUCGGCAAGUCAUCAUUCGUACAGAACUGGCCUCUACAAUGCUGUAGCGCUGGACGAAGCGGUAAGCCUUCCAAUUCUUUGUCAACUUAUUGCAGUGUUUUACAGUGACACAUAGUUAUGGUCUUAACUUCUCUGCAGGAGUUUAAUCGGGAAAGGAAAGAGGGAAUUAAGGCGAGCAAGAACGCAAUCGCGCGCGUUUCUUUUCUUUUUUCUUCUUCCUCGUGCGUCCAUCGCGUUUUCAUUCCCCUCAAACGCCUGCCCGCAAGCUAGUUAUGGCCCGGAUACAUAAGGCGUUUUGAGCGAGGCGCGUCAACCGGAAGUGGACGUUUGGACAGUUGUUUUGCUCAAAUGUUAGAGCAAAUCGAGUCUAUAAGAGUAAAGACACUUAGCCAGAAUAUACAAAUUUGAUAGCAUUAAGCCAUAUAAAAAGGGCAAAGGCCUCACUUUAGAUUGACAUGCGUCUUUGCUUAAGCUUUAGGUUACGUUUUGUAUACGACCUUGCGAGCAAUGUUUCCUUUCAUCCCCAGAGACGCUGUUGUUGAAAACAUCGUGGUUCAUUCACCACUCACACAUUACCUAUAAUAAACAUUCCCCACCCCCUCCCCGGCAUUUUGCAUAAGAGCUGUUAUUAAAAAAGAAGCCCCUUUUCAUUUGAAGGUCAUUUCUAUGGUCGAUAAGAGUACAGACGCAGAAUUUCUAACCCUCCCGUUUUGGCCUUAAACCUCUUGUAUUCGGCGAACAUUUCCGGCCUCCCGUUUUCACUUAAAAAAUAUUCUCCCUGUGUUUUGAAACUCUUCCUAGCCAAAGAAAGACAAUGUUUUCUUUGUCUAACCAGUCUUUUUUACACGAUUCUUUGCCGUUUUUCUGUGGUUUCUCGGCCAUUUUUACCCUUUUGGCAUCCGAGCAUUAACCUGCGAAGAUUUUGGGCGCGGUAAUGCGCUGGAUUGCUUCGACUUUGCGCAAGAAAUUGCAUCUUAGUGGCACAUAUCCCAAGAGGCUAACGCCUUCGGCGCUCGUGGGAGCAGCUAUGUCGCUAGUUGACAGGGUUGGAAUCUCUGCAGACCAUGGAAAAUUGUUGUUGAUUUGUUAAAUACAGUAGCAUUAAUAGCAAAAGAACGUCAGCAUUUAUCCAUAUAAAUACUAAUAAAAACGAGGAAAAUUGGAUCAGUUGCUUAAAACUGCAUGUUCUUCACAGUUGGAAGGAGUGACAAUUGUUCACCGAGAGGUGCAAGACUUCGAAUCCAAACGAUUUUUAAAUGGAUUUGAAUUCUACACAGUGCUUAAAGGAAGGUACGAUAGAAAGAUAAUUAUAUCAAGUUCUGUCUUUUUUCCCUUUGUUAAACGAUAACAGAAUAAUACAAAAGCAAAAAGGGGGUAUAUUUACUUUUCUAGUGUUCUAAGACGUUUAUUCUCGAGCGAACCUGUCAGGACAUAUAAAAGAAGCACGAAAUGAGAAACCAACUUAAACAGUCGACUCACCAAAAGUAACAACUGUAUAUUAUGCACCUGAAAACGUUCCAUUGCACGUGAAAGACACAAAAGGUAGGGGGCAGGGUAAUCUUAUUGAGGGACAACCAUAUCAAAGCUUUCUCCUCCUCAGCGGCCUAUUUCUGUCGUUGAGAGAUUGAAGAGAAAGAAAAAGAAAGCAGACGGUUUUCCUCCUUCCCAUCGUCCCCCGCGCUCUUUCUAUUUUCUUAAUGUAUUGCUAUUUUUAUUGGGAUGCCCAGCCGCAGCAUCUGCAGCAGAGAGAGAUAUCACAGCGAAUAAGGGUACCCCUUAUAGCCCAUGAAUUUCGUUUGAGGCCGGACGCCGGACGCAACGUCCGGUUGUUUGACACAACGUUUUAUUUUUUUUAAAAUCAAAGAUAGGUUUGACCCUUAGUUUACUCACUCAGUUGUGUAACGCAUACAAAUUUUUGGGAGCAUUUUUUACAGCUUAAAACACCUUCCCGGUUAACUAAUUCAGUUCCAGUAAGAGUCCGAUCUUAAACAUUUCCUCCGGCACUCAAUGCUCGCGCCUGCUGCACGAAGAGUGCAAAUUCAGUAGCUAAACCUCUGCUCCGGUAAUUCCAAAUGUUACCGAAAACCCUGUUAUACGACCAUUUAGGUACAGUUUCCGAAAUUUACGACGUUUACAUUUGACUUUUAAUCAGAUCUGAUGGCUUGGACAAUUGUGAUCUGCAUACCAAGUAUAAAAAGCGACUCCUUCGCGUCACAGGGCCACUGGGGGUGAGUAAAUGAAGCAGCUUUAAAACAGGCCGCAACAUGAGGCUGAUUUCAGAGACUUAGAACAAUCUCAGGCUCAACAACAGCUACAGCAACCGGUUUUUUUCACGGUCAAACAACGUGGUUUUCGAUUGAGUAUCGUAAAACCAAAAGGAUAGAGGGCCACAAGUUAACUAGUUUUUGUAACUAUUCCUUGCUACCCUCUUUAAAUAAAGUGUAUUAUUAUUAUUAUUGUUAAUUAAUAAUAAUUCCAACUCGUCUAAUGAAAUAAUACCAAUAUAAGGAAAGGAGGAGGAGGAAGGGGAAGGGAGAGGGAACUCAUUAACCAAAAGGGAACCAAAACAAGAAAUAAUUAGGACGAAAAAUAUUAGGAUCAUAAAUAGGUAAAAAAGAGCAAAGGUAUCAAGUUUCUUUACUAUUUUUUAAAAGCUUUACAUUUUAUAAAAAGGCUUACAAGUACUAAAAAUAUUGCCCACUCACCUUUCAGGAACAAACAUAUCCUUGGUGUGCAACCGCGUGAGGUGUUGGCUGACUAAACAAUUCAAUUUUGUUCGCAGAAUUUGCGUGAAAAAAGAGUUUAGAUCACAGUAGAAGCUUAAGGAAACCCCAUCAUUCUUGUCAAGAACAUGACCGCCCGUGAUGACAGCUGCAAUGAAACAAGCAAUAGGCAACUGAUAAAUUCUCUUAAGGCGCUACAGAGAGAAGAAGUCGUUAUGCCACGUUGCCAUGGUAGCAAAAUUUUCUGGAUCUUAACAAAGCGUGGUCCUGCAAACAUGGCAGAAAAAACCGAGAAAGUUGAUAUGCAUUUCUUUCCAGUGCAUGAUUGCAUUCAUGAACAAAACGGUAGCCCAUACUUUUCUUCCAUCAUUGCACAAUGCAAAUGGUUUUAUCUGUCAAGAGAGGUUGUUAAGAUCUAGAGAUUUUGUUACCGUGGUAACGUGACGUCAUACUUUUCCUCUCUAUUGGGUCAUGAAUACCACUUUACACAAAACUGAAUUUCAGAUGUGGUAAAAUUUCUUUCCGCAAAAAAUAUUAUGUUUUCAUUUAAAUUUCAGGGUACCCUUUGUAUCCGUGAGACAUCUAUGAAGAGAGGAGCAAUGAGGGAAUCCAAAGAUUUGUUUAUCCUUGAUAAGGGCCUGACAAUAUACGUGGUAAUGUGUCAUUCAAUGAAUAAUCCCCUGCCUAUAAUCAGUAAAUCCACAAAGAAGGAAUGAACAAACCAGUAUUUGCCAUGUAGACAAUUCUUUACCUUUGCCUGGUUGCAUGGGUCAUUUCUCAGGUUUCUUUGUACCUAAUGCUUAUCAGGGUCUCUUCCGGUGCCGGAGAAAGAGCCUACUUACAACUGAAUAUAUAGUAGAUCCCCUAUGUAGCCCCCUCUCUUAAAUAGGCCCCCCUCCCUAAUAAGUCUUCCUUUUCAGGGCAAGAACGUUAAUAAGCGCCCCCCUCUCCUCCCCCCAUUACUCUUCACAUAUAAAUGUUUUUGAUCCUCGGUUGCGUUGCCUCCAACUUCUUGUACUUGAGCUUUUCCACUUUGCAUUCUAGUUCUUUAUGGAGAACUGAUACCAGUUAAUAAAAUAAGCCCCUAGCAAAAGGCUCACCUGUCGUUACCAAGCUCCCCCUCAAACGCUUUUGAUGAAAUAAAUAGGCCCCCGGCGGGGUUAAUAGAGGAUUUACAGUAGUUAAAAAAGCCUUUCGUUCUGAACGAGACUAACCUGCGUUCCAGGUGGAGAAGCAAUGUUGAGUGCAACUUCAGGAACGCGCCUACAUGUUAAAUGGGCGUGGGAAAACGAGGUCUAUGCGCGUGAUUCUAACAAAUACGCUUGUGAAAUUCCUACCUGUAUUCAAGGACACCAAUUACGAAAGCAAAAAAAAGAGUUUGAUGAGCCGAGGUUAGGGGGCUUGCAGCCCGCCAAAUGAUUGUAAUUUACCUUUUACUUGAUGAUGUGUCCCUUGAGCUUGUAAUUUCUGACAGAGAAUCUGUGAAAAAAAAACAUAUGCCGGUGGUUUGAAACAGCGGCGAAAUCAACGGGCUCUCUUUGAAUAGUUAUCCUAUGGGUAAAGGUAACAGCAGCUUCUUUGUGAAAAUUGUGAAAGAGAAUAAAUAGGAAAUAAUAAUCAUGAAAAAAAGAUUUGGAUCGAAUAUUGAAGAUCAGCGAGCUCGGUGACCCAAAUCAGCAAAUGUUAAAGUCCUUUCAGCAAACGGUAUACAAUCCAACUGGGUGAUUCCGAUCGUAUAAUAUCAGCACUUUUUCCCCAGGAUGACUCGCUGGAAUACAAGACACCCCUCACCGCCCAACACUGGUUGAUUUAGAUACUCAGCUAGCACUCUCUCACAUAAUCAGUGAGCUGAUUUAUUAUACUGUUCUUGUAUUCUUAGUGGGUCGGCAGUGGAUUAACAGAUUCAGAGCUCAAAGUCAAAAGAGCAAAAGAAUACGCCGAAGGAAUUAAGGUGAUGAAAAAAAACACAUAAGAGUCAUCAAAGUGGCUAGGCCCCGAGUUUAGUUCGCUUAUUCCUGAAGUUAGGAUUUACUGCACGAUCUACUCCUGAUUUACUCCAAGCCUACGUACCCGCUCAGAGGUCUGGCUCUACUAGUCUGGUGGAGCAACCAGGCGGCUGUUUUAUAAUACUUCAAUCCGUCAAAUUUCUUAUGCCCCUGUUUUCUUUUUUUAAGGCAGAGCGCAAGGACAGGGGCAUUAGAGUUGGUACAGUCCGUAAGUUCAAUUUCCAAUUUUUUACCUCUAGCUAAUAAUAGUCCCGAACGUUUUACACUUUGCGGUCGUAACAAUUCUCCCCAGACUUCAAUGUUGAAAAUACCCUAGAGAAAUCAAUCCAUCCAUUCAUCCGUCCGUUUGUCCAUGCCUCGCUUAUCACUCCCUCCUUCUCUGUAUCAAACAUUCAUCCAUCGAUCCAUCCGUUACCCUUUCCCUCCCAACCUCCCUCCCUCCCAUUGCUCUCCAUCCCUCUGUCCAUCCGACCAUCGAUGACUCCGUCCGUCGCUCCAUCCGUCAAUCCGUCUGUCCUUCUUUCUGCCCUUCUCAGUCUGUCUGUCCAUCCCUCCGUUUGACCCCCUGCUCGUUCGUUUGUCCGUUUAUCUGUCCAUCUGUACGUCGGUUUGACCGUUUGUCCUUCCGUCCGUUUGUCCGUUUAUCUGUCCGUCCGUCUCUUGAUCUGCCUGUCUGUCCCUCCGCCCGUCCGUCUGUCCAUCCGUCCAUCAACCAAUGAAUCUCUCACGAAUACCGUCAGAUUGUCCUCGAUCACUCACACUAUAGACUUUUUUUAAACAACAAUGCCGUUCUUUUCGCAUUGCACGCGGUUUGCCUAAUAGGCCACAGUGUCAGAGAGUCACAGUAUAGCCUGUAAUGUGUUGUGUGUGAGUAAACUUCACUUUUUCCAAGACUACUUUAACUUAUUUUUGUUCUUGUCUUUUAAGAUGAGAAUGAUGAGACGUUGGAUAAAACUCACGAAUUAUACUGGGAGUUUCCUUAUCAAGCGAAAAAACCUAUUCAAGCAAAAAAAUGGAAACCCCCACAACAGCCACAACGCGAGGUAAACUAUGAAGCCCUCUGUGCAAACUGCGUUUGCAGGUUUUGUCCAGUGCAAAUGUAAAAAGCGAAUAACUAUCCGAAGUUGAUGACAGCGUCAAAGAGUAUAUAUAUCAUACGUAGCAGAAAAUGAGUAAACCAACUUGCCGCAAAUGCACAUUCCCACCAUUGCUUUGCAAAGAAAUGUUUCAGCAGCAUUGAAAAAGUAAGGUCGGAGGAACUUUAUAUUCUAACGUUUUCUAGUAUAUAAUAGAGGAUCAAAAGGUCUCUGAAUAGGGGAAAUAAAUACGUCAAAGUUCUCUUUUAAAGAGGUAAAAAACUUCUUGUAUUUGUUUGACGAUAGACGCCUGAUCCUAGCUUGGAUUGCAUUACUGAAGCGUUACUGAACCAAAAUUUGUUCCUUUUUUUUGUUAAGUCUGGCCCAGGUCUGCAUGUGUUCCUAGGACAGAAGCUGAAUAGAAAGAUGUUUCAAGUGAGACUCUUGUAAGUGUUUCAAAAACAUUCAUAACGAUUUUUCACUGCAUUUUAUAGCAGUUUCGAUACAGCUGCAAAUAUCUGCCCUCUCUUCUACGCAGAGGGUCUCGCUGGGCAUUUCAAUAAAACCGGAAAUAAUUAAAAAAUAGUAAGCGCUUUCUUUUCCCCCCUCCAACUUAGUCCAGUUCUAAACGUGAGCUCUUAAAUUGGCUUUAUUAAGUCAGUUAUUCAGAAAAAUUUUUGGAGAACCUUUAAAAGAUUCUGGGAGCUGCGAGUCUAGCAGGCUGGAAAAUCAUUGAAUUUUCUAAAAAAAAAUGCUUGGCCCUUAAACAGCCUUCCCCCUCUCUUACAAAAAUACUGAGCAGAGAAAUUCAGCUAAAAACCUGAGUAUUUAUUACAUAGUGGACUUGAACAACAAAUGAUCUCGGACACGAAUAUCGCUGAUCGCAACAUAACGCACUGCACUGCUUAGUAUACUAACAAAGUUCAAAAGCUCUUAAUGUGUUCCCUGUCUUUGUGACUCUCAAGGAAUCCCGUUGCCCGCAGAGAUCAUGACUUUCGUUUCCAGGAAAAAUGUCAAGGAGAAGACGUUUGCCUGAGGUUAAUGGAUUCCAAAGAAGGUCUGUUGAUACAUGAACUGGGUACUUCCCACUGACAAGAGGAAAACUCCACAUGAAAAAUUCCUUUUUAUGCCAGUUCCAAGCAAAUAAAGCGAUUUCAGUUUGGUAGUCGAAUUGGGCGUUUGGAAUGCGUCUUUUUUUCGUGUAGAUGGGGGAAUUUCUUGAUAGCGCGGUCAGUUGGUACUUACUCCUAAUCUUACGCAAAGAAGGAAUGAAUGAAUUACUAAUAGUCGCAUUACUGAGCAUGGGUAUUAGUUCGGGCGACAACUGUAAUGAUGCGCCAUCUUGAUCGCGUUUUCAACGCCUCGCAGGCGCUAAGAUGGGAAGGAAAAAAUCGUUUAGAUACGAAAUAGAACGGCGCGCGCCUAAGGCGCUGCAAAGCACUUUUUCGGUAUUUUCAAAAGCGUUCAUAUCUUUUAUCAUAUUUUAAAUGUUUUUUUUAUCUCUUUACACUUUCUCCACGAAUUUUGCGAUUCAAGAGAGGAGAUAGCUACCGUCACUAUGCGAUACCUGUUUAAGCUGUUUCAAGGGAGGCGAUUUCACACUAUUUUGUCGCAGCUAAUAUCAGCUGUUUCUUACAAUUAACCUGUCUUUGUUUUAAUUGCAGUUUACGUUGUUCAUGUGAAAGAUUCUGAGGAGCAUGUGUUUAUCCGGGUUGGCAAAUCUUCAUGGAUACGAGAAAAGGGAAACGGUUUGAUUGUUGGUCAUGUGAGUAUUAUAGUGGCCAGUAGCUUUAUUUUGGUAUCCAGUGAUUAUCGAGGAUCUGCGCGCGUUAACUAGGGUCAUUUUGGAAUGCAGAAUGCGCGAAAAACUUUCAGUCAUAUUUCGUCCUCGUAGUCGUCCUCGUCCUACCCCGCGUGGCAGGAGUUCGAAAGGGAAAGGGAAAGAAUUAGGGCGCGAGACCGCGCGCGCUCUUGCACGCCCAAAUUCCCCCUUCCCCUUCCCCUUUUAACGCUUGCCACGCAGGAUAUCCUCGUCCUCGAAUCUAAUGUUCCCUAAUGUCCUUAGACCUGUUAACAAUAACAGGUGUGUUUUCAAAGUCCAGCAUAAAGUGAAGUUUCUAAGAGAUUCAUGGGAGCACGUGUAGCAGCAUCACAGAGCACUCUCAGGAUUAGGUAAUUGAGAAGACAAAGACCUCGGAAACCAGAGGUUGUCCUCCUCGUACAUUAGUGAACUUACGCAACAGGACAGGAGAGGAAAGAAGACGGAAAACCUUGUUUCUCCGUCUUUUUACGAAGAAACCAGAGGUGGCGUUGAGUAAAGUAGGCUGUUUUCUCAGGCUAAUUUCACUACAAAAUGAGAUUUUUCUAAUGGAAUUGGCCUGGGUUGUAGAUCUCCUUCUAAGCACCUCUAGUUAAGUAGCCUCAGGACAUAAGCCGGAUGAUACCGCAUAGAUGGUAAUAAUGUGCGACAAGCUACCACAAUGGUUGUUGUUUUUUUUUUUCAAAUCGACAGGAUUAUCUGCAGGACGAAGAGUUGACAUUCGAAAGACACUCUGGAAUCCCCAUUACUGUCGUUAAAGAAGAGCAGUUUUCAAUUCAACUCCAGGCCGCCAUUGGCAUAUAA